AUGGCGUCGUUCGUGGCGGUCCCACUGAAGAAGACCUACGAGGUGGACUUAACCAAACCGCUGAGAACUUUCAUACACAACACUUUCACACAGGCCAAUGUGGAAGAUUAUAACACGGCCUUGAGUGAGUUUAACAAACUACGAGCUGCUAUGGUCGCUAAAUCUGUGGAUAAACAUGAAACCGCCCUGGAAGUUUUGUAUCGGUACUAUGACCAGCUAGUUGCUAUUGAGAACAAGUUACCCAUCGCAGAAAAUCAGAUUCGUGUACAGUUUAAGUGGCGAGAUGCCUUUGAUGAAGGAUCAUUUUUGUCUGGCAAGAGGAACUUGGCUAUUGCCUCUGCUGCCUACGAGAAGGUGUGCAUUCUCUUCAACAUUGCUGCCCUACAGUCUCAGGUAGCCGCUGUACAGAAUCAUGACAGUAAUGAUGGGCUGAAACUUACAGUCAAGCUGUUCCAGCAAGCCUGUGGAAUCUUUGGUCACCUCAAGGACAUUGUCCUCUCCCAUGUGCGACAGGACCCAACCCCUGACAUCAACCCAGACACACUGAGUGCCCUAGCUGCCCUGAUGCUGGCCCAGGCACAGGAGUCUAUCUAUAGGAAGGCCACACAAGAUAAAAUGAAGGAAGCUAUGAUUGCCAAACUGGCAUACCAGACAUCUGAGCUGUAUUCAGAUGCAGCCAAACUGAUGCAGCUGGGCUCCAUCCGAGAACUCUGGCCAAAGGACUGGCUGCCCAUUGUGAUAAUGAAGCAGAAUGCCUUCCAUGGACUGGCUGAGCUGUAUCAGAGCAUUGUGUGUCAGCAGUCCAAGGGUUACGGGGAAGAGAUUGCUAGACUGCAGCAUGCAAAGGAACUUUUGAUUAGCUCACAGAAUCGUGGCGGGGCAGUGUUCUGCUUCCGCCAGGAAUUGUCUCGUGUGGAGCGAGCCUUGGAGUCAGCACUGAAGGACAACAAUUUCAUCUACCAUGAUAAAAUCCCUGACCUGAAGACCCUUCAGCCAAUAGGAAAAGCUGUUGUUGCAAAGCCAACCCCCGUGUCUCAGCCGAUGAGUGCCAAGUUUACAGAUUUGUUUGACAAGAUUGUUCCACUACCUGUACACGAGGCACUGGCCAGCUUUGAAAACCGCAAGUCACAGAUUGCCAGCUUGGAAAUAGGGCGGCUUCGAAGUGCCACUGACCUUCUGAAUAGUGUGCUAGCUUCCCUGAACCUGCCUGCUGCUCUAGAAGAUCUGUCUGGUGAAAGAGUACCCCAUUCUCUCCUUGAGAAGGCCCAGCAAAUCCAGGAGCUGGGAGGACUUGCCAAACUUGAUCAGUUAAUGACUGACCUUCCUGAGCUUCUCACUCGGAACAGGGAGAUCCUUGAUGAGAGCAUCAAAACCCUGGACGAAGAAGGCAGGUCCGACCAGCAGCUGAGAGAACAGUUCAAAGAACGAUGGACAAGAACCCCCUCGGCAGGCCUGACCAAACCCAUGCGAGAGGAGGCUGGCAAGUACCGGAUGAUCCUGGAUACAGCCGUUCAAGCGGACCAGAUGGUCAAGGAGAAGUUUAACGCCCAUAAAAGUGCAAUAUCUCUGUUGUCAAAGCCAAAGGGUGAACUUGAGGCUGCCCUGCCAGCGGCCAGUGCUGUAGCCUCCCUGCAGAAGAGCAGUGUGGUUGUCAGGCUGAGGGAGCUUCUUGAGCAGGUGAACACAAUCAAGGCAGAGAGAGAAGUCAUCGAGGUAGAAGUUAAAGAUGCCAAGUUUGAUAUGAGUGGCACAUUUUUGGCGGCUCUCGCAGCAGAGGGUUUGAUCAACGAAGAAUCCAUUUCUGUGUCAGAGUUAAACAAGGUGUAUGCACCUCUCCGAGAACAAGUGACAGACAGCCUUCAUCGUCAGGAUAUACUUCUCUCACAGAUUCAGAAUGCAAAUACAGAGUUCUGCAAUGCUAAAACCUCCAGCCAGAAUGCAGCCCAGCGAGAGACACUGCUCAAAGACCUGGCCGCUGGCUUUGACAUGUUUAUGGAACUCAAGGGCAACCUGGAAGAAGGCACAAAGUUUUACAAUGACCUGACCCCGCUGCUAGUGCGUCUGCAGACCAAGAUAAACGAUUUCUGCUUCGCCCGUAAGACUGAAAAGGAGGACCUUUUGGUUGAGCUGCAGAAAUCCAUCGCAAACUCCCCCUCCCAGGCACCUCCCGUGCCCCCAAGAUACCAAGGAGCUGCUGGACAGGCAUCCAACCAGUCUGCUGCUGCUGACACCACUGCAUCCAGCACUCCCCCCAGGCCAGCACCCAGAGCCCCGCCCCGGCCUCCACCACCUGCAAUCCCCACUGCAGCCAGUGCUCCUAGAGCUGUACUGGUGGCAAAACAUAGUCCUGUCUCUGCUGGGGGGGGGGGGGGGGGCAGUGCUCCUAGAGCUGUACUGGUGGCAAAAAACAUAGUCCUGUCUCUGCUGGGGGGGGGGGGGGGCAGUGCUCCUAGAGCUGUACUGGUGGCAAAACAUA